AUGCCCUGGGCCAGUAUCAUCCGCGCGCUGUCCCCUUGUGGUCAUGGUGGCAGGGAUACCUCAUCUCUUGUUGCUGGUCAUCAUUCCAUAUGCAAUGAGCUGGAUAGGAUGAAAGCGUCUUCCCUAAAUCUGAAGACUUCGGUAAUCGGUGUGAAAACAUUGACUUUGGGAGCCUUGUCGAGGCUCUCUAAGGACAGAGGCCACAUCGAUGUGGUGGAUGUGUUCGACCCAAAUCGAGCUCAGCUUGCAGGAUAUGCCGUAGAACUCUUUUCCGCAAGCGGUCUCAGGCGGCACUUACUUGGACAUUUUAUACAAGGCACGAACUUUGAGCCUCGGUACUUCAACCGUUCAGGUCUCUACAGGAGCAUUCCUAUACCAUUUGGAGAGAACUUCAGGAAUCUCAGAUUCGAGCCGUUCAUCCAUCCGCCAUCCGGGCCGGGAGAAGGUCUGCGGUCUGCGGACAGGGCUUACUUCUUGGUCAAGGGGAAGACCCGUGUCACAAGAGGAGAGAAAAACAAAAGAGGAAGAAGCAUAAAGGGGCGUGGAACGAUGGUUUGGGCCAUCGGAGAGGUCAAACAGCGCGAAGCUGCCACAGUCGAGGUUGUAAAGCUCUCUGGCAGCUAAUCGCGGAGGUUGAGCUGCUGAAAUUCAUGAGGCAAAAAGGCGUUAAGUGCUAAUGUCUGAAAUGUUCAACCA